AUGGCAUUAUUAUUCCCAUCAUCCCCGCUGCUGCAGACCCUUCUCCCCCUCGCCUUCUUCCUGUAUCUGGCCCAGACCGCAUCAGCCCGGGUCGUGACCUACGACUUCAACAUCUCGUGGGUGGCCGCCAGCCCCGAUGGCUUCAGCCGGCCGACCAUCGGCGUGAAUGGUCGAUGGCCGCCGCCGCCGAUCAGCGCCGACCUGUGCGACACCGUCGUUGUCAAUGUGGUCAAUGCACUGGGCAACCAGUCGACGUCGCUGCACUUCCACGGCCUGUUUAUGAAUGGCAGCACUGAGCUAGAUGGGCCGGCUCAAGUCAACCAGUGUCCCAUUGCCCCGGGAUCAUCGUUUGCGUAUCAGUUCAAAGCUUCCCAGCCCGGCCUCUACUGGUACCAUUCCCACGUCCAGGGCCAGUAUCCCGACGGGCUACGCGCGCCGCUGCUGAUCCGCGACCCGGACCAUCCGUACCGCGGACACUAUGACGACGAGAUACUGCUGUCCGUCUCGGACUGGUACCACGACCAGAUGGCGACCCUGAUCCCGCAGUACCUGCACGGCGGGUCCAUGAUGUCGCAGGAGCCCGUGCCGAACGCCAAUCUGCUGAACGACACACAGGACCUGCGCAUCCCCGUCGUGCCCGGGCGGACGUACUUGGUGCGCCUGGUCAACAUGGCCGCGUUUGCGGGACAGUACUUCUGGAUCGAAGACCACUCGAUGACCAUCGUCGAGGUGGAUGGCGUCUACACCAAGCAGUCCGCCGAGACGGCUAUGAUAUACCUCUCUUCGGGGCAGCGGUGCAGCUUCUUGGUCACCACCCACCAGUCGGAAGAGGACAGAAAUUAUCCCGUGGUUGCUUCCAUGGACCCUAGUUUGUCCAAGAUACGCAAUAGUGCAAGUCAGAACGUGACAGGCUGGCUAGUCUACGCGCCCGAUCAACCGCUGCCACAGCCGCAAGUCCUUGACAAUUUCGACCCCUUUGACGAUGCGACAUUGGAACCAUUCGAUGAGAUGCCUUUGCUCCCUCAACCGGACCAGAGCAUCGUGCUGAGCCUGGGAAUGUCACACGCUGGUGGCAUCAAAUGGUUCUUCAACUCGACAAGAUAUUCCGCCCCGGAGACUCCGUCGCUUUACACAGCCUUAUCCAGCGGUCCGUCCGCCACCAACCCUUCCAUAUACGGGAACUCCACCAACCCUUUCGUCCUGGCACACAACUCGGUCGUCGAGAUCAUCCUCUACAAUCAUCACAUGGUGCGGCACCCUUUCCAUCUGCACGGCCACAAUUUCCAGGCCGUGUACCGCUCCCCGAAGAAGGCGGGCAGCUUUUUCGACAGCGGCCUCGUCGAGGACGACUUCCCCAGGACGCCCAUCAGGCGGGACACGCUCUUGCUGGAGCCCGGGGGCUUCAUGGUCUUGCGGUUCAGAGCCGACAACCCGGGCGUCUGGCUGUUCCACUGCCACAUGGAGUGGCACGUCGAGACGGGCCUGGUCGCGACGUUGAUCGAGGCUCCGCUUGAGUUGCAGCAGCAGCACAAGGACCGCCCGGUACCCCAGAGCUUGUGUGGCUCUCCAAACAGCCACAAACCGGAGCAGGAGCACGAUGCGGGUGAGCCUGAAGACGACCACAAACCCGGUCCAGAAUCGCAGGAGAGCAAAGGGGCUAGCGGAAGCUCCAUGAUCUCCACCGCCGUGCUGACGAUGGUGGUCUUCAUCGUCGCAAUGGCCGGCCUUGUGUUCGCCGUCCAGCUCCGCGUCAAGCAAAGCCGUCGUGCCGGAUCCAUCCAGCAGAACUCAGCAGCCUUGGCACCGGACGCCCAUCUCCAGGUCGAACAGCAGCGCCUGCUCGAAGCUUCGACGAGCUGGGAAAGUAUGGAUGUAUUCGAAGACGACGGAGUCAGCAGGCCUGUAAAGCCGCACCUGGACUUGGACUCAGAAGAAGAGAUGGAUGGGGGAGGGCGGUGA